GUUGCUGAACGUUCGCAGCGAGCCCUCCGUUUUCUCUCAGUGCCGCAGUCGGCCCACGUUGCGUAUGCGUAACGCGCACUCAGUUCAGCCUUUAGCGAGUUUUCGACUUUUCCUGCGAGCCACACACCCAAGUUUUUCCCUUAAGUGCCGCGAAAAUCCCACUAACGAUGACAAUCAACGGGCAGCUGUAGUUUUGGCCACCAGCUAAAUGCGAUAAAUAAAUUGAAUAAUACGCGCAAAGGCCAGCGGUAAUACGCGUUUCCCACUGCCGACGGCAAAACACAAAAGUGCUACAAGUAACUAAAACUUAGUUAUUUUUUACCAAAAAUACAAAACACAAAAAGCAAAACAAAACACAGUGCAAUGAUCAAGCAAAGUUAAGAAAUAUUUCCAAAAAAUAAACACACUCACACAAAGUGCUAGCCAAAAGUUCUCUUGAUGAAAAAUCACCUGUCCAACGUUCUGUGUGCGAUGCGUAGUGACUUCAAGGAUAAUCACCAGGAGACCAUCAAUAAAAUGAUACAAUUUGGUACAGUGAAAUAUGGCAUUGUCAAACAGCUGAAGGAUCGCGCUCGCAGCGCCGACAAAGACACCGGUAGCGAUCAGGAGGAGAAUGGUGGCUGCUCGCCACUGACCACGGCCACCACAACGGCCAGUCCCAGCCGGAGUCCCGAGCCGGAGGAGGAGCAUCCCAGCACUCCAGAGAGCCAACAGAACGACAAGAAAUUCGAGGUGAAAUCAGAGAUUGAACCCGUGGAGGAUAACAACAACCGGGUGGCGAUGACCAAGCCACGCAGCUCCGAGGAGCGGGAGCCGAACGCCAGUGGCUCCAUGCCCAGUUCCCCGGUGGCGGAGGCCAGUGCCGAGGAGGCGGCCACCGAGCGUCCGUCCGCCUCCGAGAAGGAGAAGGACAUCGAGGUGGAUGUGGAGAUGGGCGACGAGAACGAGGCGCCCAUCAGUGCGCUGCCCUCCACAGAGGUUUCUCUGCCCGGAGCAGCCGGUGCUCCGGUCACCCUGGAGGCCAUCCAGAACAUGCAGAUGGCCAUUGCCCAGUUUGCGGCCAAGACCAUUGCAAAUGGCUCCAGCGGAGCCGACAACGAGGCGGCCAUGAAGCAGCUGGCCUUCCUCCAGCAGACCCUCUUCAAUCUGCAGCAGCAGCAGCUCUUCCAGAUCCAACUCAUCCAGCAGCUGCAGUCCCAGCUGGCCCUCAACCAGGCCAGCAAGCAGGAGGAGGAGCUGGAGGAGGAUCAGGAUCAGCAGGAUCAGGAUCAGGACCAAGAGCACGAGACCGACACGUACGAGGAGGAGGAGCGCAUUGCCGACAUGGAGCUGCGCCAGAAGGCGGAGGCCCGCAUGGCGGAGGCCAAGGCGCGUCAGCAUCUGAUAAAUGCGGGAGUUCCUCUGAGAGAGACCUCCUCCUCCGCCUCGCCAGGCGGGGAAUCCCUGAAGAGGCGAAGGGAGCAGGGAGCUGACCAGGAGUCCCAGCCAAAUCGCCGGACGAGUUUGGAUCACAAGAAACGCGAGGCGGAGGAUGCGCUGGCCAAGCUGAAGGAAAUGGAGAACACACCGCUGCCCUUUGGCUCCGAUCUGGCCUCCAGCAUCAUCACCCACCACGACGAUCUGAAUCCGGAGCCCAAUUCCCUGGAUCUGCUGCAGAAGCGCGCCCAGGAGGUGUUGGAUUCCGCCUCUCAGGGCAUCCUGGCCAACAGCAUGGCCGAUGACUUUGCUUUUGGUGAGAAAACGGGCGAGGGAAAGGGUCGCAAUGAGCCGUUCUUCAAGCACCGCUGCCGGUAUUGCGGCAAGGUUUUUGGCUCCGAUUCCGCCCUCCAGAUCCACAUUAGAUCGCACACCGGGGAAAGACCCUUCAAGUGCAACGUCUGCGGCAGCCGGUUCACCACUAAGGGCAAUUUGAAGGUCCACUUCCAGCGGCACGCGCAGAAGUUCCCCCACGUGCCCAUGAAUGCCACGCCCAUUCCCGAGCACAUGGACAAGUUCCAUCCGCCGCUGCUCGACCAAAUGUCGCCCACGGACAGCUCGCCCACCCACUCGCCGGCCCCGCCCACCGCCUCCGGCCCCGCCUCCUUUGGGCCCGCCUUUCCUGGCCUGCAGAAUCUCUACCGCCCGCCCAUGGAGAUCCUCAAGAGUCUGGGUGGUGCUCCGCAUCAGUUUUUCCCGCAGGACUUGCCCACCGAUCUGAGGAAGCCCUCGCCGCAACUGGCAGAGGAGGAGGAGGGGGAGGAGGAGCAGCCGCGGCAGGUCAAGAAUGAGCCUUUAGAGGAGAAGGAUCAGCGGGAGGAGGAGCAGGAGAAUGCCGAGUGCUCGGAGCCCGAACCGGAGCCUCUUCCCCUGGAGGUGCGCAUCAAGGAGGAGCGCGUGGAGGAGGAGCAGGAGCAGGAGCAGCUGAAGGAGCAGGAUCACCGAACGGAGCCACGCAGGACACCCUCACCGGAGCACCGCUCACCGCAGCACCACCAUCCGCAGCAUCACCACCACCGUCACAGUCACCUGGGCUACCCACCAGUGGUUCAGCCCAUCCAACCGGCUGCCCUGAUGCAUCCGCAGCCCUCGCCGGGCUCCCAGUCGCACCUGGAUCACCUGCCCACGCCGGGACAACUGCCGCCGCGAGAGGAUUUCUUCGCCGACCGCUUUCCCCUCAAUUUUACCACCGCCAAGACCUUGUCCCCCGAACACCACUCGCCCGUGAGAUCGCCGGCGGGAGGGGCUCUCCCCCCAGGAGUGCCGCAACCACCACCGCACCACCACCCGCACCACAUGGCCCGGUCACCGUUCUUCAAUCCCAUCAAGCACGAGAUGGCCGCCCUGCUGCCGCGACCGCACAGCAACGACAACUCGUGGGAGAACUUCAUCGAGGUCUCCAAUACCUGCGAGACCAUGAAGCUCAAGGAGCUGAUGAAGAACAAGAAGAUCAGCGAUCCCAACCAGUGCGUCGUCUGCGAUCGAGUGUUGUCCUGCAAGAGUGCCCUCCAGAUGCACUAUCGCACUCAUACGGGAGAGAGACCCUUUAAGUGCCGGAUUUGCGGCAGGGCCUUCACCACCAAGGGCAACCUAAAGACCCACAUGGCGGUGCACAAGAUUCGGCCGCCGAUGAGGAACUUCCACCAGUGUCCCGUCUGCCACAAGAAGUACUCGAAUGCCUUGGUGCUGCAGCAGCACAUUCGCCUGCACACGGGUGAGCCCACGGAUCUGACGCCGGAGCAGAUUCAGGCGGCCGAGAUCAGGGAUCCGCCGCCCUCGAUGAUGCCGGGCCACUUUAUGAAUCCCUUCGCAGCGGCCGCUUUUCAUUUUGGAGCGAUGCCGGGAGCUCCUCCUGGUAAUCCAGGUAGUCAUGGCGGCCACAAUGGAGCAUUGGGUUCGGAGUCAUCGCAGGGCGAUCUGGAUGACAACAUGGAUUGUGGCGAGGACUACGACGAUGAUGUUUCCUCAGAGCAUCUCUCGAAUAGCCAUCUGGAGCAGGAGGGCGACAGACCGCGUUCAGGUGAUGACUUCAAGUCCCUGCUUUUCGAGCAAAAGCUGAGGAUCGAUGCCACUGGUGUGGUGAACACGAAUCCGGUGAGACCUCGCUCCUCCGCCUCGAGUCAUGGUCAUGGGUCGGUGGGUUCCCAUUCGGCACCCACCUCGCCCUCAGCCCAAAAGCCCAGCUCAUCGCCCGCUCGAUCAGAGGCUUCCCAAGGAGCUUUGGAUCUAACCCCACGAGCUGCUCCCACCUCGGGAUCGAGUUCUAGAUCGCCGCUGCCCAAGGAGAAGCCGCCAGUGAGUCCUACUGUCAGUUUGCCGAGAAGUCCUAGUGGUCCUAGCCACGCCUCCCUGCUCACCUCGCCCCUGCCGCCCACGGUGGGCAUUGAUUGCCUGCCGCCCGGAUUGCAGCAUCACCUGCAGCAGCAGCACCAGCAUCUGAUGCAACAGCAGGCGGCAGUGGCGGCGGCAGCGGCUGCCCAGCAUCAUCACCACCAGCAGAUGGCCGCCCUGCAUCAGCACCAGGAGCAACUGCGUCGCGAGGCAGCCGAGGCGCAGCAGAAGGCCGCCGCAGCAGCCGCCGCAGCAGCAGCAGCGGCAGCAGCCCAGCGUCAAACGCCGCCGCAGCCAAAUCAGCGAACGGAGGGAGCUGGUCCCCCAGGACCUCCGCCAAAUCCGCUGAUGGGCGCCCGCCCGCCCUUCGGCAUGUUCCCCAACCUGCCGCUCUUCCCGCCCGCCACCACCCAGAACAUGUGCAAUGCCAUGAACCAGAUCGCCCAGUCCGUGAUGCCAGCGGCACCGUUUAACCCACUCGCGCUGAGCGGAGUGCGCGGCAGCACCACCUGCGGCAUCUGCUACAAGACAUUCCCCUGCCACUCGGCGCUGGAGAUCCACUACAGGAGCCACACCAAGGAGCGGCCCUUCAAGUGCAACAUCUGCGAUCGCGGCUUCACAACCAAGGGCAACCUGAAGCAACACAUGCUAACUCAUAAAAUCCGCGACAUGGAGCAAGAAACCUUCAGAAAUCGUGCCGUAAAGUAUAUGAGUGAGUGGAACGAUGAUCGCGAAUAAGUAAACACUCUAAACUAUCACGAUUAAGAUCAAGAUCGCUUACACAGCGAUCAAGAUCACUUGGCUCCCAGAAAAUGUUUGGCGAUCGCAGACCAGACUCAGUCAAGAUGCAAUCGAUUCUCGCAAUGAAAUGAUCUCAAGAUUUAGAGCGAAAUGAGGGGUGAAGAUCAGUCGUGUACACAAAUCUUUAUAUUUAUAAAUUGUUGCCCACAAAAAUAUUAUUUGAUUGUUGUUCCAAAUGAAAAGUGAAAACGAAUCCCCACUGCAAACGAUGAUUUUGUUCCGCCGUCGAGCACUUUCAUAAACAAUUUUUUAUGAUCCGGCGCGUUAGCGGAGAAUUUCGUACACCCAAACUAAGGAGGGAUCAUGAAACGUAUCCAAAGAUGCAUCAAAAGCGAUUUGGGUUCCAGCUGAAAAAGUCGAAAGAUCUGCAGAUGGAACCAAGGGCUGCUUGGUAUUGAGAGACUGAUAGCGUUUCAUGGUCCACAGAACUAAAAACGGAAUAUAAAUCCAAACCCGAAACCGAAUCCGAGGCAGCUGAAUCCGAAGACAGAGAAGGCGUAGUAAAAUCAAAAUUCGAAUUUAAAGCAAAUCUUAAGGUAUAUGCUAAUAUAAAAAUAAUAGGUACCUAAGCGAGACAUGUGUACAUACGUAUAUAUAAAUAUAUAUAUAUAUGAUAUAUUAUAACCAAACCCCUCACACAGACACACGCAUACGCAUACAUGUUAAUAAUUUAUUUGGAAUGUGCAAUAAUAUGACAUGCUAUAAAUUUAGAUGCGAACGCCGAGCGCAGGCUUUUGUUUCCUACUAAUCGUAAAUUAGAUUUAUUUUCCACUUCUUGUACAUACGUCGUAUAUAUACACACUCACUCACACACACACACACUUUAUUAUUAUUAAAAACAAACAUUUCGAAAUCCAAACGCUUUGCUUUCGAGAAUGGGUUAGGAAUAAAAAUGGAAAAAAAUCGAAAAAAAAUAUAUGAGAAAUUGUGAUAUUAAAUGUAAAAACGAAAUACAAAUUACGGUUGCGGCGGCCAAGGGGGAAACCCAACAGAAGCCCCUGCAAAAUGCUUUCCAUAUCACAGAUGAGAGAACCACAAAAGAUAUCUAACAUUCAUAGUUAAUUUAGUCGUUAGCCGAGGGGACAAUCCCCGACAAUCCCACAAAAGAACACACACCUACACACUCUAAUUUCACUUCUCCGGAAGGAUUAACCCCUAGCGAUAAGUAAGUCUAUGAGCGAUCGUACAUGUAUUGAUUACCACAAUUAAAUUAUACACGGAUGCGAAAAGUAUCCCUCUCUGUUCGUAAGCAUUAAGCAUAGUCUCAUAAUUUAUUACGCAAGCCCAGGCAAAAAAAAAAAACAAAACUAAAAAAUGCAAAUAAAAGUGAAUCUA